AUGGCUAUUGAAGAAUUAAACUUAGGGGUGACAUGCGACAUGCAUGUCCACGUUAGAGAGGGAACUAUGUGCGAGUUGGUUACACCCACAAUAAGAGAAGGAGGUAUAUCUGUAGCCUACAUCAUGCCUAAUUUACAACCACCCAUUACCACACUGGACAGAGUGAUUAACUAUAAGGAAACUUUGCAAAAAAUCGCCCCAAAGACAACUUUUUUAAUGAGCUUCUAUCUAUCUAAAGAUCUAACCCCUGCCCUUAUCCAUGAAGCCGCAAGAGUAGGUGCCAUACAGGGUGUUAAAUGUUAUCCUGCUGGGGUCACAACUAACUCUGCAGCAGGUGUGGAUCCCAAUGAUUUCAGUGCAUUUUACCCAAUUUUCCAAGCUAUGGAAGAAGAAGGGUUGGUCUUGAAUUUACACGGUGAAAAACCUUCUGUAAGCAAUGGCCAUGAGGAUGAUAUUCAUGUCCUGAACGCUGAAGAAAAAUUUUUACCAGCUUUAUCUAAAUUACAUUCCGAUUUCCCCAAUUUGAAAAUUAUCUUGGAGCAUUGUACAACAGAAGCUGCCAUUAAUGCCAUCAAUGAGAUCAAUAAAGAUGUUAAGAAUGCAUCUGAUGUGAGGGUUGCUGCAACACUUACGGCACACCAUCUAUAUUUGACUAUUGAUGAUUGGGCAGGAAACCCGAUCAAUUUUUGCAAACCAGUCGCCAAAUUACCUAGGGAUAAGAGAGCAUUAGUAGAGGCUGCCAUUUCUGGGAAACCUUAUUUUUUCUUUGGAACAGAUUCAGCACCCCAUCCUUUGAGUAAUAAGGCAAAACAUAUUGGAGUGUGCGCCGGUGUAUUUUCACAGUCACUUGCUAUCCCUUACGUGGCUCAAGUAUUCGAAGAGAAUGAUUCAUUAGAUAAAUUGAAAGGCUUUGUUUCCACUUCUGGAUUACAGUUUUAUAAUGUGAAAUGUGAACAAUUAAAGUCAAAGGAUAAUGUCAUUAUUUAUAGAAAUAAACAAAUCAUUCCUGAGACCAUUUCUGACAAUAAGGGCACAAUAAUUGCACCAUUUAAGGCAGGUGAUGAAUUAAAUUGGACUGUAAGAUGGGAAUCUGUAUAA